AUGGGUAGAGGCUCUGAUGGCGCUGCCGCAAGAUCCGCAUAUACUCGAGGGUCGCCCGCCAAGAAAGAUCAGAGACAUGUUGUCUUCCAGCUCAUUGACCCCAAAGACCCUCGCAUACAAGCAAGACUACCGAUGAGAGUCAUGAUCUCCCCUCACGAUACUACCGAGUCGAUCAUCACGACUGUCAAGAACUUCUACGGGCUGUACGAAUAUGGUGUCAGCUUCGAGAACAGAGAUGGCAUCAGCAUCAUAGCAGCCUUUGACAACUUCGAGAACGAUAUGACAGUCUACGUCAGGACUGUCGCGCAACCACCUGCACCUGCCAGCGAACCUGCACGAGACUCAGUGUCGCCGAAGAAAGCUACCCUGGGCGCGCCUUUUGAGAUGCGCCCGCCCAACCUCGGUGUGAAUCAUUCCCCUUCGAGGUCGGCUGCUCGAUCGGCCGGAGUACGCAGCGUAUCUCCACAGUCGGAACUAGGUAGACGAAGUGCGUCUGCUGCGCCAGGUGGAAAGCCAAGAGUACAGAGAACGAAGAGCAAAGACCGGAGCGUUCUGGGUGAUGGCGACGGAUACAGCAGUGCUGACAACGACAAUGGAUCUGUGACUAGCUCAAGAAGAUCCAAAGCAGAAGAGAUCAAGGCUGAAAUCACUGUCGACAAUAUCGUUGAGGGUGGCCGCCGCAAGCGGGCUUUCGAGAGCUCGGAAUUGCCUCUCUUCGUGCCACCUCAGGUACCUAUGAGUGCCUCGAUCUCUUCUAUAUCACCACAACGUCGCUCCGGCCCCAUGGCGUCUCCAUAUGCGCUCUCUAAUCAACAGACGUUCUCAUACCAGCAACCUCUCCCGUCGCCCCAAAGCUACGGCAACAAUGGCUAUAUGCAGCCUCCCUUCCCAGCGAACCCAUACCAGAGCGGCAAUGCGCAAUCCAGACAGCUACGAGGAAGUCGUGCCAGCUAUUCAUCCAACCGCAAUUCUGGCGGCGGUGUGCUGCCUACUCCUGAUCCGACGAUCGGCAGCGUCAUCUCCGAUGAAGACGUUGCAUUGCAACUCAUGCGGCUAGGAGAUCCUACAGCAUUCUCACAUGGGCGCACGUCGACGUCAACGGCCGAUGAUGCUUUCAGCGGCAAAGCUGAGUUGGCGUCGUCGGACGGAGAUGGGGAGAGUGAUGAAGAGGAGGAGGAUGCUGGACUGCCUUCAGUUUCACAUUUUCACAGAGACGACGUUGGACCUGCGAGAAAGAAGCAGCGUACUAUGAACGAGCUGCCCAGCGAGGGAACGAGCGGUGAGGAGUAUGAAGACCAUCACGAUGGUAACUUUGGAAGCGAUGAUAUAGACGUCGAUGGACAACGCAGGCAGAUCAAGCCGAAGCAAAAGAAUCGCAAUGGUGCUGGCCCCGGAGGUCUAUCGAAGUCCGGCAAACCACGCGCGUUGUCUGUGACAAAGCCGAAGAAGUCAUCAGGAACGUCGUCCAAAGUACCCAUGUCGCCGGCCUCCCUACCUCCACAAUCGCGCAAAGCCUCGAUUGCUUCAACGAUCAAUUUUCAACAUCAGCUUGGGGCAGAUGAAGAGGAUUUGUCUUCGAAGCCACGCUGUCAGCGCUGUCGCAAGAGCAAGAAGGGUUGCGACCGUCAACGCCCAUGCGGUCGCUGCAAGGACGCUGGCAUUGGUAUUGAAGGCUGUGUCAGCGAGGAUGAAGGAAAUGGCCGGAAGGGUCGUUAUGGCCGCCACAUGGGAGUGACUAUCAAGAAAGCCGAGGAGGCGUGGGAGGACGAGGACUCGCCCACACCGCCACUACAGCAGGGCAACACAGCCAGCCAUGGCUACUUCAUCGCUCCUGCGCUGCCUAGCAAGGACAAGAAAAGGAAGCGUUAA